AUGAAGAGGAUUCUUCUCCUCUCCUCUUGUUUUUUCGUAAUUUCCGUGGCACUUGAAUGUCUCGACAAUGCUGACAAGCUCAUCAAUAAUCGGUACAAAACUAGAUUCUCUUUUCAAAAAAUUCAUGUUAAUCUGUCAGAUGCUUCAAGUUCGUCGAUCAACAGCUCUCCUAUUCGGACGCUCUCAACUGGUGCCACUUCCGCAAUCCGGUCACUGCUUCCUAUUUGGCUACUGUUCCUGAUCACACAACUGCUACUUUUCUAGCUUGUGAGUGGCCGGCUCAUAUUCUCCCAUCAGAGCUACGUUUUCAGCAUAUGCUCGUACAACCUUCAACACGAACGCAGGCAACUUCUGGAUCGGACUCGGCCGUCCCAACACUUCCAGUCCUUACCAGUGGGACGAUGGAACUCGUGUCGCCUGGACCAAUUUCAAUUCGCAAACGUCGCAGAAUUACGUGGCGGAGAGCUGGAUCAACACGAAAUGGGGCACUUAUGGAACGGACACUAAGUUCAACUUUGUGUGCUCUUAUGAUCCAAACGCUCCGCCGACUUUUGCUCCGUUCACCGGAGCUACUUCCGAAGCAGAAACUACUGGAACGGAAAGAGCCACAACAGAUGUAACCGAACCGACUGUCACUACUGCUUUCCAAGACGCCUCCACAACCUCUCCAGGUUUGAGAUAUCACAAAUAGUUGAAAAUGGGUGUUGGUAGUUUUCAUACAACUCUAGGAGAAAAGCUUAAAAAUUUCAAAUAUUCGCUACUUUCUGAAUAUUCGUAACGUGAGUUCUAACGCUAAUUUCUGCUACAUAAUCGGAAUUACAGACGGAAAGUAACAUCCGCUCUUUCGAACCUUCCAAGUCGGUGUAAUCGUCUUACACAUCCUUAAAUACUGCAGAGUAUCAUCACGAACACGUCAUUCCGACGCUGUGAACUGUCCUUGUACACACCCCUUUCCUCUUCUUAUCUUCGUAAUCUGAUGAUAACCGGCAGUGCAUUUAUUGCCGGCUUCGUCAUCAUUUGUGUCCACUCUGCUCUUUUCUCCUCACUCUUUAUCAUUCGCUUCUGGAUGCUACGACGUUUUCUUUGCCUCGCGACUCUUGUCGUGGCAGCCAGCAGUGCGUGCUUCGACAACGGAGACAAGGAAAUCGGCGGAAGCUGUUUCAAGUUUGUCGCUCAGAAGCUCUCCUUCUACGAUGCCAGGAACUGGUGCCAUUAUCAGAAUCCUGUGACCGCCUCUUAUUUGGCAUACAUUCCGAAUCAGUUCACUGCUAAUUUCCUUGCUUGUAAGUCCUUUUGUUUUCCCACUUCAUUAGCCAGAACGCACGAUAAUUCAGCAUAUGCUCGCUCCGCCUUCGGAAGCAAUGAUGGCUACUUCUGGAUCGGAUUGAGCAGAAACAAGUCGUACACUGCAUGGACCUGGGACACUGGAUACCAGCUCCAAUGGACCAAUUUCGACAACCAACAGGGGCAAAACUAUGCGGCCGAGAGCAUUGUCAACACAAAAUGGAGCACGUUCGGAGCUGACCAGCAGCUGUACUUUGUGUGCAGCUACGACCCGACAGCGCCGCCGACUUUCGGACCACCGGUGACUGACGGACCGACACCUACUGCGGUGCCGUCGACGCAGCCAGCUAGCACACAGACAGUUCCGACGACGACAGGUGGGUGAAGAGAGUAGGUUGAAAUGAAAAUGAAAGCGCCUUCUCUGGCUGGUUUGGGUGCUUCUGGAAUGUGUUUCAUUCACUAAUCUGUACUAUUCAUUCUCAUAUAAUGAACUAAAUUGAAAGGUGGGUGAAUCAAAUGAGAAACUUUUACAGGAAUCUUUUGGAGAUUGGGAGGGAUCAAUUGUUAUGCUACAUUUUUGACACUUCUAUUCGUUUUGUUAUGUGCUUGUUCCUUUUUCAGUCAAAUAAAACAUUUUUCAUCAAACUCUUUCAACAAUGUUCGACAGAACCUAAUCAAACAUCAAUGAGAAGUACUUGUCUGAUGAUGAUACCGCGGUACCGUGAAACCUGGAAUAGGGUGGCACCUCAAUACUGUUCAUACAAAACUAUGCAUCCUGGUUGACUGUAGAGCUAUCAAAAUAGUAGCCAACACAAGAAAUGUACAAAAUUUUUCGAAGAGCAAUUUAUAAGAUGACAAUGAAUGUUCCUGGAGUGCCGUUCUAUUACAAUUUAUGUGCUCUUCAUAAGAAAUGAUUUUGUUGGGAGAUCUGAAUCAAUUUUCUGAAACAUGCAAUAGAUUUCUGAAAAGAAACACUCCGCUAUUCUGCCGUGAAGUAUGUAUACCUGUAAAGGUAGACAACUGAAAUAAUGUCAGAUCAGCAGAACGUUAACAAGGUUGGAGUUUUCUGAACAAUCUUCAGAAAAGUGAUCCACUCGAAGCUUGGACUAAAAUGACUGAAAAACUGCGUGAAGAGGAUGCAAAAAAGGGUGUGCUUGUUUUUGCCGUUUACUUUUGGAACAUGAAACAAUGAUGAAUCGGAAGAGUGAAUCGGAACUAUUGGAUGAAAAAAAAACAUUGCUAUAAAGAAUCAAGGUGAUUUCUUCGAGUACGUAUUCGCAAAGCAUAGAAGAUUCUUAUUGAGAAUCGAAACCAGACAACAGUGUUUCUUCUCAAGUUAGCAUUUGUCAGCACGAAGGUCAAAGUUUUUCGAAGGCACAGAGAGUUGUGUUCUUGACAACGCCCAGUUUUGGCAGUGAUCUUCCAAAAUUCAAAUUGAGUCUAGUUCCUGAACUCGGCAACUUUUUGUACGCUCAAACUACACCAAACCGCACCCUCCGAUUCAUAAAUCAUCAAGUUUCUGGAAGGACAAAACACACAUAAACGUCAUCAUUCGGAUUCUGCGGGAAACCACACCCAGACUAGGACUGCUGAUAACUCGCGUAUAAAUAGCAUCAUUCGUCUGCUUCGAAAUGUUUCAUCUCGACUGCCAAUUCUGAUGUUCAGUGCCAAGAUUCUCGGAGCUCUUGCUCUUCUCUACACUGUACACGGCCAAUGUGUACGUCCCGAUGACAAGUACAUUGGAGACUUGUGAGUUGGCACCUGCUUUUCUCUGAAAUACCCCUCAACUCUUUCCUAGAUGCUACUCCAUUUCAUCCUCCGAGCUGAAAUUCUCCGAUGCUCAAUCCGCUUGCUACGGAGCCAACUCGAACCUCGCUGUCAUUCAUACAUCUCUUCAAGCCAACUUCCUAGCUUGUAAGUUUCCAAAGUCUCAGUGCCAUAUCCGGAAGAGACCAAUUUCAGCCAUCGUCCGUUCUCAGACUGCAGCUCCAGAGGGAAAGUUCUGGAUUGGAUUGAGCCGCCCAUCGGUCUCGUCGAGAUUCCAAUGGGACGACGGAACCACCAUGUACUGGUCUAAUUUUGAUUCCAGUAAGUUUUCGGAAAUGAGUUCACACUUUAAUGUUUCAAUUUAGGCUUCCCACAAAACAAUCUCUACGUCGCCGAGAGCACAAUCAACGGAAAAUGGCAGACUCUCGAUGGCCAACAGGCUCUGUACUACGUCUGCAGCUACGAUCCGAAGCACGUCACUCGUGAGUUGAAGCAAUUCCAUAGCUGUUUUCAAAAACUAUCAUUUUGUAGCGGGAACUGUGCAGCCGUCAUACCCUCCAUCCGAAGUCCCAUCGACCGGCUAUCCGGCUUCCGUCCCAGUCACCGGAGCAACCGAGAUUCCGUCCGUUCCCACCGGAGGAGACACCACUGGAUAUCCUGCUUCGAUUCCAAGCUUCGCGCCUUCUGGAGCUCCAGUCACUGACAGCACCGGAUAUCCAGCGUCGAACGUGCCCGUGACUGGAUUCCCCGUCUCUUCUCCAACUGGAUACCCCGCAUCUCAGGUUCCAACUGGAGGAUACCCAGCCUCCCAGACUCCAGGAUAUCCAGCUUCGCAAGUGCCGACCAGCGGAUAUCCAGCUUCUCAAACUCCCGGAUAUCCUGCUUCUGCUCUUCCGGUGACUGGAGGAUACCCCGUAUCCGAGAGUACCAACAACGACUACGGAGCAUCGACUAUCACCUUCUAG